CCUGUAACCACGCCUUUCAAGAUGGCGAACAUACUACACCCAUAAACACUUUUUAAAAGUAAAAUGAGUGACAGAGGAGACGGGAGUGAAGUAAAGUUUGCUUGGCACCUCGUAGAGCCUAGCCUGGAAGGAGUCAUAACGAGCAAAGAGAAGCUUAAAUAUGCCCUUCAAUGCUCAGGCAGGAAUCCGUCUCAGUCUUCUAUUGAAAAGUACUGGAAGAAGUUUGGAGGUUCAGUGUCAUAUUCGGAUUUCUCAAAGAUAAUGAAAAGGGAGAGAAUACCCAGUCAGGCCGAGCUCAUGAACAUCUUUAAGAAAUUGGACAGAAAGGGAGACGGAUACGUAACCACUUCUGAUCUAAAGCGACUAUUAACUAAAAGUGGUGAGACGAUGUCAGAAGAAGAAACGGAGAUAUUAAUCAGCGACCUGGAUCCAGGACAAGAUAAUAAAAUAGAUUUCACUGAAUUGUGUCACUUGAUAGUGGAGACCACUGAUGAUUGCGUUAGUACACUGAGAGAGAUGGGUACUAAAGGGCAGAGAGAGAAGAAGAAUCUUAAAGUGAAUAAGAAGAAGAGAGGAACUAGAGUAGAAGCAAAAGUGAAUAAAGAGACGAGGCCUCCUCCAAGUGUGAUAUACAAAACAAACAAAUCCGACAGUAAUAAUAAUAAUAACGACAAUCCUGCUGACAAUGACGAUCUAUUCCUCUCUUCCUCUUCCUCUGAUGUUAGCAGUGAGCUGCCAGUCAUUAGCCCCACGUCUUUAGAGGACACUCCCUCUCCCCUCCCUCCUCCACAUGAGAAUGAAGAAGAAGAGGAUCAAAGAGAAGUUACCCUCAGGACACGGGGAGAGGAUAAACCAGUCAGUCCUGUUCAGGAAUUAGAAGAGAAAGAGGAAGAGGAGGAGGAAGUAGAAGAGGAAGUAGAAGAGGAAGUAGAGGAGGAAGUGGUGCCUUCUGUUAGUCAUUCUGAGGCUAGUACAGUUACUAUAACUACAGCUGGUACUGAUGAUAGGAGGGAUGGAGUACAGCAAACCGAUCACUUAGACUCUUUAGUUACUGAUAAUCCUCUUCCUAUUGCCCCUCCAUCAAUACAAGAUUGGAACAUUAUUCAGGGUAAGGGUUGUUUUUAUGUGUCUCAAGGAGGAGGAGUUGGGGAUGUCUAUACAACUCAGUCUCAUCAUUACAUAUUAUCUAUCCCCGAGACCACUCAAGUGUGGAUAGAAAUGAAAUCAGUAGCACCUGGUAAUCCUCAGCUUGAUGUUAGUUUGUAUGUGUUUCACAUGACUAGUGAUGAAGAGCCUGAUCAAUAUAUAGCACACACUCAGCACUGCAUCUCAGGAAAUGUUUGGGUGUGUCAACUUACUCUUGAUCCUGGCUCAUACAUGCUGUUACCAUAUACCACUGGUUGUGUCCUUAUGAAUGAGAAGGAGGGAGAGGAGGAGGAGGAAUGGGUGUCCCUUUUGGAAGAAAAGGAUGACAAAUUGAAGCUAACACAGGAAUGCAUCUCUGUGUUUACUGAGUUGUUCCAUCGUCAUGAUCUUGAUAUGAGUGACUCCAUUACACAGAACGAGUUAGAGUUCUUCCUUGAUAGAGCUAAUCUGGAGUACAGUGAUGAUAAUGAUGAAUACUGGAAGGCUAUACAAGAGAAUUAUGAAGUCAAUGAUGAUUCUGAAUUAUUACUGAGCGGGUUUAUGCUCUUCAAUGAGGAGUCAGCAGCAAAGAGAGGUCUGGAAGGAGGUAUCCAGUACUUGAGGAAUAUCAUACUAGCAAUGGGCUAUAACAAGCAACUAAAAUUGACUAAGGCUUGUCCUUUUGAGUUUGAAGUAUUCACUGAAUCAUGUGAAGGUGAAAUUGAGAUAUUAUCACAAUUAUCAUCAGCACAACACGUUGAGAGAGCAUUAGCUUCACUAGCUAAGAGUACUGGAUCAGUUACUGGUAGAGUAGAUGGAGCUGAUGAAUCACUAAUGAUAACUUAUACACUUGUUAGUCCGGCUAAUAUUGCAACUACAUUCAUUGAGAAUAAGACCGAUAAAAGUGUCACUAUAAAAGUUGAUUGUAGUCAAAGUACAAAUUUUAUUUGCAGUUUUCAUUCCCCAGUAUACAUUAUGACAGUACCAGCACUCUCUACUAAAGUUGCAUUUCAUUUGGUGCCAAAGGAUCUUAAAGCUCCUUUUGAAGUUAUUUUUAAUGCAUCAGAGACGAAGUAAAUUGAAGGAACCUUGAACUGCAUAUUAUAUAGACUAUUGAUUUUAUAAUUUAAAAUUUUGAACCUUUUUGAACUAAAUUGUAAAGGUCACGCCCACACACCAAUAGUCUUAUUUACCCCUUUAUAACCUUAUGAAUGAAAUGUAAAUAAA